AUGGCCAGGGGGGCCUUCGCUGGCAGCAGCCCAGAUGCUGGCAAGGAGCUCGGCUUGGAAGAGGGGCUGCUCUGCCAGCUGAUCCACUCCCCGGAUUACAACCUGUUCCCCAACUCAGCUGUUUUUGAGAGCAACUUCAUCCAGGUCACAAAGAAGGGGAAGUGGGUGGACAUCACCAACACGCCCACCAUCGUGACCCUGGGGGUGACCUCCUCGGACCCCUGCCUCCCACUCCCUAAUGUGCUCCUGAUGGCCAAGCAUCGGACCCCUCUUCGGAGGGCCAACACUGGCAGUCCCAGGCUGUCGCUCAUGGAUCUGACCAGGCUGCUUCCCCUCCGGUACGUCCGGCUCUCUGUCCACAGCGCUCCCCAGCGCAUUUUGCGCAUCCAGACGGUGACCAAGAAGGUGUAUUACCUGCAGCUGCACCAGGAGCACCCCCAGGCUGUCUUUGCGCUCUGGAGCCGCCUGACGCGCAUCCUGCAGAAGGGCCUCUCCAUCACCACCAAGGACCCCACCAUCCCCAUCCGACACAGCCUGGUCUCCAGCCGCAGCAGCAGCACCUCCAGCACCACUUUCCCCGGGGUGAUGAAGAGAGUGGGGAGGAAGGUGUCCGGCGUCAUCUCCCAGAUCUCCCGGAGACCCAAGCAAAACCAGGAAAGGCCGCGGAGAGUCUCCUUCCAGGCGCAGGAGCAGAGCCUGGAAGACAUUUCGGGUCUCUCCAACGACAUUAAAGGAGAGAAGGUUUGCACGCUCCAUGUGUGGAAGGUAGAAUCCGAUGCUUUCCGCUGGUGGCUGCAACUGAGGAAGCUGCAGGAGCAGACUCGAGAGUGCCCAGUGACAUCAAUGUAA